ACGCUACUGGGGGAAUUUUGCCUCGAUGGCACCUUCCUGUCCGGGGCUCCGCCUCCGCCGGAGGGGCUCGGCUCCGGAAUUCAAGAUGGAGUCGCUGAGUAGAGCUGGCCAGGAGAUGAGCUUAGCGGCCCUGAAACAGCACGACCCCUACAUCACCAGCAUCGCAGACCUCACGGGCCAGGUCGCUCUGUACACCUUCUGCCCCAAGGCCAACCAGUGGGAGAAGACUGAUAUAGAAGGGACCUUAUUUGUAUAUCGAAGGUCAGCCUCCCCUUACCACGGUUUUACCAUCGUGAAUCGACUGAAUAUGCACAAUCUGGUUGAACCCGUGAAUAAAGACUUGGAAUUUCAGCUCCAUGAACCAUUUCUUCUGUAUAGGAAUGCAAGCUUGUCGAUAUACAGCAUCUGGUUUUACGACAAGAAUGACUGUCACCGCAUAGCCAAACUCAUGGCCGAUGUUGUAGAAGAGGAGACACGGCGGUCCCAGCAAGCUGCUCGGGACAAGCAGAGUCCCAGCCAGGCCAACGGCUGCAGUGACCACAGGCCCAUCGACAUCCUGGAGAUGCUAAGCAGAGCCAAGGAUGAAUAUGAGAGGAAUCAGAUGGGCGACUCCAAUAUCUCCAGCCCUGGGUUACAGCCAAGUAGUCAGCUCUCCAAUCUGGGAAGCACCGAGACUCUAGAAGAGAUGCCAUCGGGGUCACAAGAUAAGUCUGCUCCAUCUGGACACAAACAUCUGACAGUGGAAGAAUUAUUUGGAACCUCUUUGCCAAAGGAACAGCCAGCUGUUGUGGGUCUGGAUUCGGAAGAAGUGGAGAGGCUGCCAGGAGAUGCCUCCCAGAAAGAGUCCAGCUCAUUCCUACCAUUUUCUUUCGAGCAGUCAGGAGGAGCCCCUCAGUCGGAAAACCUGGGUGUCCAUCCUACUGCCCACCACUCAGUCCCACCUGAAGUCCCUACCCCGGUGCUGAUCACUCCUGCCUCCAUUACACAGUCCGGUGACAAACAGGCCCCAGGCUAUGCCAUCCCACUGCGCCCUGUGCUCAGUCCCACUUUACCAGCAGAAGCUCCUACAGCACAGGUUCCGCCCAGCUUACCCCGAAACACCACCAUGAUGCAGGCGGUGAAGACCACGCCGAGACAGAGGUCUCCACUCCUGAGCCAGCCAGUCCCUGAGCUGAGCCAUGCCAAUCUGACUGCCACCCAGAGCCCCUUCAGGGCCCCCCUGAGCGUGACAAACACAGCUGGUACAUCCCUCCCAAGCGUGGAUCUUCUCCAGAAACUCAGGUUGACCCCACAGCAUGACCAAAUACAGACGCAGUCUCUUGGGAAAGGAGCCGUGGCACCCAGCUUUUCCCCAGCAGCUGGCCAGCUGGCCACACCCGAGAGCUUCAUAGAGCCUCCCUCCAAGACUGCCGCAGCUCGAGCCUCAGCAGCCCUGAGCAACAUGGUGCUUGCUCCCCUUCAGUCUAUGCAGCAAAACCAGGAUCCUGAAGUCUUUGCCCAGCCUAAGGUGUUACCCAGUGCCAUCCCGGUCACAGGCCCCACACUGGUUACUGCAACAACCAUGGCAGUGUCUUCGGUCCUGUUGUCCCCAAGUGUUUUCCAGCAGACGGUUACAAGAUCUGCAGACCUCGAAAGGAAAGCAAGUGCCCCUUCUCCGCUGACUGUUGGAACAUCAGAAAAUCAGAGAAAGCCUUCCAUUAUUCUCAGCAAGUCUCAGCUCCAGGAUACGUUAAUACAUCUAAUAAAGAAUGAUUCCAGCUUCCUCAGUACGCUUCACGAAGUCUACUUGCAGGUUCUGACCAAGAACAAAGACAACCACAACUUAUGACUGGAGCAGAAUAAAUCCGAAGGCAGAAUGUCGACCUCAAACAAAUAGGCCUCAUCAUGGAAACUUCUAAACAGAACAUUGAGUUUUGAGAAUCCUGAAAUUGAGCCUAUGAGAAAGAGACUCAUUCCUUAAGAAUGUUUUCCAAGUGACGUUCUCAGUGAUAAUGGAGGUUUCACUGUGAAGCAUCACCAGCAGACCUUUGUUUUGACAAAAAAAAAAAAAAAAAAAAAGAAAGAAAA